GCUGUUUUAGUGUAUUACAUGAAAUAUAUCAAAUUUAUUUUGCGAGAAUUUUGUUUUUAAAUUUAAAUAUAAUAUUGAUUUUCUGGGAAAAGUAAACACUCAUAUCUGUGCCAACAUGAAUACCAUGACCAAUGUGAAAAACGUCCUCAAACUUAGUGAAUCUGAUUUAAAAGGAGGCAAGAAAUCAUGGCAUGAUAUGUACAAGGACUCGGCAUGGCUAUUCAUUGGAGGCUUACCCUACAAUCUAACAGAAGGCGAUGUGAUCUGCGUAUUCUCACAAUAUGGCGAAAUUGUUAAUAUUAAUUUGAUACGAGAUAAAAGUAGUGGUAAAUCAAAAGGAUUUUGCUUUCUUUGCUACGAAGAUCAACGUUCCACCAUUUUGGCUGUCAAUAAUUUGAAUGGCAUUAAAAUACUUGGACGCACAAUACGUGUAGAUCAUGUUGCCGACUAUAAGCCACCGAAGGAAAAUGAGAAAAUGGACGAGGAGACAUUAAGAUUGUAUAUGGAGGGCUGUGCACCGAAACCGGUUGUGCAGAAAAAAGAGCGAUCAUGAAUCAUGAAUAUUGUGUAUAUUAUAUAUUAUGUAUAAUAUUGUGCGACUUAUUUCUAAGUUUAAUAAAUAUAUAAUUUUAUAAGCCAUUUUAAAAGACGAUUCACUAAUAUUGUUCACGGGGUCGGGCCCUUCCUCGUAAAAAUCAGCUUCAAUGAAAAGUAACAAAAAGCAUCGGAUUUACUUGAACUAUAUAUAGGUUAUUAAAUUUGGUGUGGGAGAGAGAAUAUAUAUAUUUAGUCCCAUC